CCGUCCCCGUUGCCGCAGUGACAGGACCAGAGCGCUCCUCGAGCGGGGAAAUGGCGGCGGCAUCGUCGUCGCGUCGCUCGCAGCAGCAUCAUUACCAUCCCCCUCACCCUCCGAGUCAUCACUCGGCCCAGACGCCCGUAUCGCCGCCUCGCAGCCCCAACCUUUCUCCCACCGGAGCUUCCCCUCAGCAGCGGCCCACUCUGGCCGGGCUCGAGGGCGAGGCCCCCGCCAGCAGCGGCCGGGAAGGGACGGCAGUGACGGAGAGGCCUUUUUCUCCAGAGAGCGCCGGCGAGAGCUCUGGGCCUCCCCCGCCGCCAGGCUCCGGGGCCAGCAGCGCCGCCACCAGCAGCAGCAGCAGCAGCAGCUCCGGAUCUUCGUCGUCCUCGUCCUCCUCUGCUGCUUCUAGCCCGGCUGCUCCUGACAGCCCCGACCCACCCCCUCCGCCGUUGCAGCUGCUUCCUCCGCCCGUGGGAAGCGGCGCUUUUCGGGAGCUGCUCGAGGCCUGCCGCAAUGGGGACGUAACCCGGGUCAGGCGCCUGGUGGACGCUACCAACGUCAACGCCAAAGAUAUGGCCGGGCGGAAAUCCACCCCUUUGCACUUCGCGGCAGGAUUUGGAAGAAAGGAUGUCGUGGAACACUUGCUACAGACAGGAGCCAAUGUCCAUGCUCGUGAUGAUGGUGGACUGAUACCUCUUCACAAUGCCUGUUCCUUUGGUCAUGCUGAGGUAGUUAGCCUUUUGCUGUGUCAAGGAGCAGAACCAAAUGCCAGAGACAACUGGAACUAUACCCCUCUGCAUGAAGCUGCAAUCAAAGGCAAGAUAGAUGUGUGUAUUGUACUGCUGCAACAUGGAGCUGAUCCAAAUAUUCGGAAUACAGAUGGAAAAUCAGCUUUGGAUCUUGCAGACCCUUCUGCAAAAGCUGUACUUACUGGUGAAUACAAGAAGGACGAACUCUUGGAAGCUGCUAGGAGUGGCAAUGAAGAAAAACUAAUGGCUUUGUUGACACCUUUAAAUGUGAAUUGCCAUGCAAGUGAUGGGCGAAAAUCUACCCCAUUACAUUUGGCUGCAGGAUAUAACAGAGUUCGUAUAGUUCAGCUUUUACUUCAGCAUGGUGCUGAUGUCCAUGCAAAGGAUAAGGGUGGGCUUGUGCCCCUCCACAAUGCAUGUUCCUAUGGACAUUAUGAAGUUACAGAAUUGCUGUUGAAGCAUGGAGCCUGUGUUAAUGCAAUGGAUCUUUGGCAGUUUACUCCAUUACAUGAAGCCGCUUCCAAGAAUCGUGUGGAAGUUUGUUCUCUGUUACUCAGCCAUGGUGCAGAUCCAACCUUAGUCAACUGUCAUGGCAAGAGUGCUGUUGAUAUGGCCCCAACACCUGAACUCAAAGAGAGGCUCACCUAUGAAUUCAAGGGACAUUCCUUAUUACAAGCGGCAAGGGAAGCUGAUUUAGCCAAAGUCAAGAAAACACUUGCCUUGGAGGUCAUUAAUUUUAAGCAGCCACAAUCUCAUGAGACAGCACUGCACUGUGCUGUGUCUUCUCUUCACCCUAAACGGAAGCAAGUCACUGAAUUACUGCUUCGGAAAGGAGCCAAUGUCAAUGAAAAAAACAAGGAUUUCAUGACUCCUUUGCAUGUGGCUGCUGAACGAGCACACAACGAUGUUAUGGAAGUUCUUCAUAAACACGGAGCAAAGAUGAAUGCACUAGACACACUUGGACAGACUGCUUUGCACAGGGCUGCUUUGGCAGGUCACCUACAGACCUGUCGCCUCCUGUUGAAUUACGGCUCUGACCCCUCCAUCAUCUCCCUACAAGGCUUCACAGCAGCACAAAUGGGCAAUGAAGCCGUGCAGCAGAUCCUGAAUGAAAAUACCCCGGUACAUACGUCUGAUGUGGAUUAUAGACUGUUGGAAGCAUCUAAAGCUGGAGAUUUGGAAACUGUAAAGCAACUUUGCAGUCCGCAGAAUGUGAAUUGCAGAGAUUUGGAGGGACGUCAUUCAACCCCACUGCACUUUGCUGCAGGUUAUAAUCGAGUUUCAGUAGUUGAAUAUUUGCUUCAUCACGGAGCAGAUGUGCAUGCAAAGGAUAAAGGUGGAUUAGUACCUCUACAUAACGCUUGUUCAUAUGGACACUAUGAAGUUGCAGAGUUAUUGGUGCGACAUGGGGCUUCUGUCAAUGUUGCUGAUUUGUGGAAAUUUACACCACUACAUGAAGCAGCAGCAAAAGGAAAAUAUGAAAUCUGCAAGCUCCUUCUAAAACAUGGAGCAGAUCCAACCAAAAAGAACAGAGAUGGCAACACCCCUUUAGACUUGGUGAAAGAGGGAGAUACUGAUAUACAGGACCUGCUGCGAGGUGAUGCUGCAUUGCUGGAUGCUGCUAAAAAGGGCUGCCUGGCGCGAGUUCAGAAAUUAUGUUCUCCAGAAAAUAUCAAUUGCCGUGAUACCCAGGGACGGAACUCCACCCCAUUACAUCUUGCUGCUGGUUAUAACAAUUUGGAAGUUGCUGAGUAUCUUCUAGAACAUGGUGCUGAUGUUAAUGCUCAAGACAAGGGAGGACUAAUUCCACUACAUAAUGCGGCAUCCUAUGGGCAUGUAGAUAUAGCAGCUCUGCUGAUUAAGUAUAAUACCUGUGUAAAUGCUACAGAUAAAUGGGCAUUUACACCAUUGCAUGAAGCAGCACAAAAAGGAAGAACGCAACUCUGCGCUCUACUUCUAGCUCAUGGAGCAGAUCCAACAAUGAAGAAUCAAGAAGGCCAAACACCUUUGGAUCUGGCCACAGCGGAUGAUAUCAGAGCCCUGCUUAUUGAUGCAAUGCCUCCAGAAGCCUUGCCAACAUGCUUUAAACCUCAAGCCACUGUUGUUAGUGCCUCUAUCAUUUCACCAGCAUCAACUCCAUCCUGUCUGUCUGCUGCCAGCAGUAUAGAUAACCUUGCAGGACCUCUGGCUGAAAUUGCAGUGGCGGGGGCAUCUAAUGCUGGAGAUGGAGCAACGGGAACAGAGAGGAAAGAAGGAGAAGUUGUUGGUCUUGACAUGAAUAUCAGCCAGUUCUUGAAAAGCCUCGGUCUGGAGCAUCUUCGGGAUAUAUUUGAAACAGAACAGAUUACCUUGGAUGUACUAGCAGACAUGGGUCAUGAGGAGCUGAAGGAAAUUGGCAUCAAUGCCUAUGGGCAUCGUCAUAAGUUAAUAAAAGGUGUAGAGAGACUUCUAGGUGGACAACAGGGCACCAAUCCUUAUCUGACUUUUCACUGUGUCAGUCAGGGAACAAUUCUUAUAGAUCUUGCUCCUGAUGAUAAAGAAUAUCAAUCCGUGGAAGAGGAGAUGCAGAGUACCAUCAGGGAACACAGAGAUGGUGGUAAUGCUGGGGGAAUCUUCAACAGGUAUAAUGUCAUUAGGAUUCAGAAGGUUGUGAAUAAGAAGCUGAGGGAGAGAUUUUGCCAUCGGCAGAAAGAAGUCUCAGAAGAAAACCAUAACCAUCACAAUGAACGCAUGUUGUUUCACGGAUCUCCUUUUAUUAAUGCUAUUAUUCAUAAAGGAUUUGAUGAAAGGCAUGCAUACAUUGGAGGGAUGUUUGGAGCUGGGAUUUACUUUGCAGAAAAUUCUUCUAAAAGUAACCAAUAUGUUUAUGGAAUUGGAGGAGGCACAGGCUGCCCUACGCACAAAGACAGGUCCUGCUACAUCUGCCACAGACAAAUGCUUUUUUGCCGUGUGACGUUGGGAAAGUCCUUCUUGCAGUUUAGUACCAUGAAAAUGGCCCAUGCCCCUCCAGGACAUCACUCUGUAAUUGGCAGGCCAAGCGUCAAUGGGCUUGCCUACGCUGAGUAUGUCAUCUACAGAGGGGAACAGGCUUACCCUGAGUAUCUCAUUACAUACCAAAUUGUAAAGCCAGAUACUCCCUCACAGACAGCAAUGGCUGCAGAACAGAAGACCUAGUAGAUGCUGGUUCAUUGAAGUAGAUUACGUGAUUUAUGGACUGGAUGGUUGAGAUUGGUUUCAGAACAUCAACAUUACAUGGAAUUCUCAUCAUUCGGGAACUGCUUUAUGUGUUUUAUAAAGCAUUGCUCCGUAAAUGAAUCUGAGUAACUGAUACGUACUCAAUUGCUACUAUUCCUUUUGAGGAAAUGUUUACAAAGGUUUGCCUUUUAACAUCCUAUCUCAGGCUCACUUUCCCUGCAGUUGCCACAUGUGCAAUGAGAACAUCAUUGCUUCAAUCUGGAUAUGCGGGAACAUAAUAGGUAGUGCUGAGCUACCACCCUUUUUAAAGAACAGCAGCAAAUUCUGAUGCAACCGCUGUAGCGAUGCGCAUAGCUUCUGUUGAACUCAUGCCACAUUCUCAACAUUCAAGGCUGGUUUUUCUUCUUAGGAGCCUUUAGUCAGCUAUUUAUUUUCACUUCUUUCUUCCGUUACAAAAAUGAGCCAGGCCCUCCUUGAGGAUAUUUUUGCACAAAGUCAAGUUGACUAAAAUCAUUUAACAAUGCAAUAGGAAUUUCUUAUCCAAGAAGGUGUUAGAGGUAUAGUUCUUUGGUCUGGGAUUCUUUUUGCACUUUUUAUGAACUCUUUUUUAUGUUGCUAGACACCUAAUUUUAAGGUAGACGCCCGCCUUUAUCCCUGCCAAAUUCCUCUUUCUUUAAGAGGAGUUCAUACUAGCAUUCAUGUAGCAGCUUCUUGGAAAAUGGUCUCUUUCUGGUGUCUAAUACUCCAGUAGCCCUUAGCAGCACACUUUGAAUGUGUCUGAUAAAAUGCAUAGGAAACAUUUGUGGGAUGAAACUGAAUAGGCAGAGGUUCCUCUUACCUCUCUCCCUUGCUCAGGCAAAGGUGUGAGCAAGUUAGUGAAAUUCCUCAAGGUCAGUUGAACGUGAUGUCUCCUGUUGGUUUUUGUUUUGUCUUUUAAUACUUUCCCCAGAUAAUGAAUGACAAGAGAGGAAAGGUGUGACCUAGGAGCCUAUUCCAGAUCCCGCAUGAGUGUGCAGGCUCAAAGGUGUGACCUCUUUUUCACAAAGGGGCUAUUAGGGUAUAAAAGCUGACUGUAAAGCUUGCUUGAGGCCCUUUUCCUUCAACAGGAAUAACUCUUUAUAUUGUGUCUGGAUUCCCUCACAUGCUGAAGUCCAUGGAAAUGUCCCCCCUCCCCUCCCCCCCAGACUGGUUAGACCAAUAGAUCAAGGAGUAUGUUUAUAUUUGUCUUAUUCCAGAAGACUGCUACUUAGUUUCUAGUUAAUUUCUGCCUAUUAAAUUCAUCCCCCUAAGUUUUCUUUGUGAAGAAUCCUCUUACAUACUGCCAUCAUCGUCAUCAUCAUCAUUGUCAAUAUAAUAUCAAAAUUCUACCAAUGAAAACAAUCCUCCCCCUCAAAACAGCAUCUUUAAGCAAUUCCAUGACUUUCAGGGAAAAACAAGUAAUAACAGAGAUCUAUAAAUAGAAUAUAUAAUGGAGAGAGGCAGCAGUAUUACCUUGCAAAAUCUUUGGUAAUUAAAACAGCCAAAGAAAGUUCACUCAUAAUGUAGUUCUUCCAUAGAAGUUUUUUAUUCCUUGAAAGUAAAGUCAUUAUUUUAUGAAACCUACUGGCAUCUGCUUGGAAAUGGGCAACAGUCUUACCUGAUGACACAGCCACCACCAAAAACCUCCCUCCAAAGACAUUUCUUUAAAAAAAAAAAAAAAAAGAUUAGCCAAGAAAAAUCAUGUAAACAUUUGUCAGAUUUAGCACGGAUCCAGGAGAUGAAACACGGUAACUGCUGUGAAACUACCAGUUUUGCCUCUGCUGUUUGUGGUCACUCAGUCUAUCUGGGUUUCUUGGCAUGUGAUGACAUAAGAGCUUGGAGGCCCAAGCUGACCGAGAUAGUUUUACCUCUGAAAUAAAUGUCUAAGUCUGGAAAGGUAUAUUGGGGCUUCACUGUUAGAAUCCAGAUGAACAUUCAUUUAGAAACCUCUGUUUUUAAGCACAGCUCUUGGAAACGUGCUUGUGGUUGAACUGCAAAUAAAUGUGAAAAUUUACAUUUUGCCAGCUCCAUGUGGAUGUUAAUUAGAACUCAGCUGUUCUUAAUAUUUAAGCCAAAUGGUUAAAACGAAUGUGGAAGCCUAAUGUUCCUUUUCUCCAAUAGGAGAACAUAUUUGACUCUGUGGUUGUCUUUUUCUGAAGUGUGAUGGUUAAUCGAAUGGAUAAUUUAAGUCCUAAAUUCUGAGAAUCUCAAAUUGCCAGUGUCUUGUAAUAUGUUUUGUGCAAAGUAAAAAGUGCUGUCCAAGGAAUUCCAUUUUCAAUUACUUUUGUCUUGUAUUAAUGUGAUUUUGUUCAUUCUUCCUGGUCAGACUUUGAAAAAUAUACAUGCAUGUUUACUCAA